CAUUCAAAACCUUGGGUGGAAUCCCCAGCAUUCAGGUCAUGUCGAGGGUAUAUAAGACAUUUCGCCCUCCGUUCGAUCUAUCACUAUUCACAGACAAUGUGUCAACCCGUACACUUGGUGGAAUGCGAGCACAGUCCCGGUACGUGGCAUGGCAGGCCUCCGCUUUCGUUUGUCCAUGCCACGUGGGAGAAGCUUCCAGCCGAAGCUCACUGCACCUGAUCACCUUUCCUCACCCCCGCCGUCUCCACCGCGACCGUGACUACCACGUGACCCGCCACACGUGUCAAUCAACCAUAUGCGGUCCCCUUCACUUCACGUCGUUACCCAUUCCAACAGUGACCUUCCCCCUUGAUAUAUACAACAGCGAUCCCGACCCUCUCUACUUCCAGAGCCCGAGUGGGGUUGGAUUCUUCAGUUCAAUUCGGACAACCAUGAAAGCCUCUUUGCUUCCGCGAACCGCUUCGAUCCCCAUCCAGCACUAUUGCUUUGCCACCGGUUCACCCAAGGUCUCUCUCUCUGUUCACGAUUCCACCUCCAAGAGCGGCGGGCCAGCAGCAAGGAUUGCUCUGCAUGCUGAGAAUACUCGAGUGGCGGAUUCGACGAGGGGCAUACGGCGGGCCUCAUCCGAGUCGGACAUAAUCAGAUCCGAGAGUAAGGUUGCCGGCGUCGGAUCGCGGUCUUUUUCGUCGAUAAUUCUGGAGGAAGAGUAUGUCUCCGAAGCGGAUGAGGGAUUCGGUCGUGUACAAUCCUUGAUAUUGGAGGGCGAAGGUCUCGAUCGGAAUAAUUACAUUGGAAAUUGGCCGGAGAGUGGGAUUCCCGCCGGCGGCGGCGGAGGAGGAGACGGUUGGUCCGGAGGCAGUUUCAACGAUGGGAGCUCCGACCGGAACCAGAUCCCAACGUAUUACGAGGAGAUGUUGAAGUCAGACCCUACCAACUCACUUCUGCUCAGAAACUACGGGACGUUCCUCUACGAGGUGGAAGGAGACUCGGUUAAAGCGGAAGAGUGUUACGGGAGAGCAAUAUUGGCGAGUCCAGACGACGGAGAGGUGUUGUCUUUGUACGGGAAGCUGAUAUGGGAGACUCAGGGAGACAAGGAGAGAGCCCAGUCGUACUAUGACCGUGCGAUUACUGCUUCUCCAGACGACUGUACUGUAUUGGGAUCGUACGCUCGCUUUCUGUGGGAGGCAGAGGAUGAAGAGGAAGACGACGGCGGGAUCCAGAGAGAAAACGAGCCGUGGGCAGCCAUAUCUGGUGCGCUGUCUUAGAAAUUUGAGAUCAUUUUCAUGUCUGGGGGUUAAACUCUGACAGUCCUUCGACCCUAACAGAAUAAUCAAAUGUGAUUAUCAGUUGAAGAAAGCCUGUUUUAUUAUCGUUAAUGGUCUCUCGCUAACAUAACAUGAAGCAAUUUCAAUAACAGUAUCAAGAGUACAAGCGGAAUAACGUGAAUUUUAGUCCUCCAGGAAGGGAAGGAUUCUUCUUGAAGAUGAGAGGGGGAGGAGGAGGAGGAGAGAGGUCUUGAUUUGUUUUGCUUUGGAUCUUGUUUUCCUGUGGUAGUUUGUAGUUAAUUUGUACAGUGUAAUAGCCUCCAUCGUUCCAUAUGUCUAAUCUGAAUAAUAAUAUACUUUGCAUCA